AUGGCCUCGGCACGCGAAGACCUCUCCUCUGACCAUCGCCUUCCUAUCUGCCCUCGAGAAGGGCAUCCACUCGUCGCACUUGACCUUUCCAACAAUGCAGUACCAUCAUCCUCAAGCACUCGGAAUGAUACCUCCCUCUCAGAUCCAUUCGCAGACCUACCUGCCGAACUGCGCAUGGACAUCCUGGCCCGCCUCACGACACCGCACGACAUCUACGGCAUCAUAUGCGCGAGCCGGGCAAUGUGUGAAGCGCUGAUGGUGAACGACGGGUUCCGCAAGCAGCUCGUGCGCACCCUGCUCGCGGCGGGCCGUGCCGACCUCGAGACCUACCUGAAGGCCGUCUCGGCCGCGGUGGUGCUGCUCGCGGUGCCGCUCUGCCGGCGCCAAAACGCUACGAUGGCAGACUGGAAGUCCGCGUUUCUAUUCCUGUGGUGGUGGCGCGGCCUGCAGGUGCGCCUGUGCUUCCGCGGGGCGAGGCACUUCGACUUGUGUGUCGCGGGAAUGCCGGAGCUAGACUCUGUUGUUGAUCAGAGCCAAUUUUACGUGCCCCGGCUGCACUGGAAACCCUGGGUGAGUAUGUUGGGGAAGUAUGGCCUGAUCACGGGGGGCCCAUGCUGGUAG